AUGAAGUCCAAGGAAGAAAAAGUGAAAAUAAUUACAGAGGAGUACGUUGACGAUGGUGAGGAUGCCGAAGAGGAAAGACAGAAGAAGCCCUCGAAGUUUCCAAGACAAAAGAGAAAGAAGCAGCUGCCGGCUGCCGGCCACGAGGAAAUGGUGUCGGAAAACUCCCCAGUGGACGACCAACAGGAGCCGGUGCAAGAGGGCUCUGACACCCGCCUCCUGGGCAUGACGAGCCGACGGGGCCCCCGGAGCUUGCCUCCAAUCCCUUCAGCUUCCAGAACAGGCUUUGCAGAAUUUUCCAUGAGAGAACGCAUGAGGGAGAAAUUACAGGCUGCAAGGUCCAAAGCAGAAAGUGCGCUGCUGCAGGAAAUUCCCACCCCUCGGCCCAGGCGCUUACGAAGUCCCACCGAGAAAGAAUCGGAGACUGAGUUUGGCACGGAGCUGGAUAGAGAGGUACAAAGGACUCAACAAGAACAUGACUCCCAAGGUCAUUCAAGAGUAAAGUUCCACGAUUCUGUACGAAAAAUCAAGUCUAAACCCCUGGUUCCACCUGGCUUCCCUUCUGCUGAGGAAGCGUAUAACUUCUUUACUUUCAACUUUGAUCCCGAACCAGAGGAAUCAGAGGAAAAACCAAAAGUCAAAAAUAGACAUGGAGCUAACCGAGAGGAAAAGGAAGGAGAGGAAGAAGAGCCAGCUGUACAGGAAGGAGAUGAGGAAGAGUGGUUGGAUGGCAGAGAUGCUGAGGAUCUUCUCCUGGGCUUAGAUCACGCAGCUGAAGACUUUGUGGCUGUCAGACCUGCCGAUUAUGAAAGUGUCCACGUUCGGCUGCAGAGAGAGAAAGAGCUCCUGUUCGUACCCAGCAGACGGACAGUGCCUACGUAUAAAAAGCUUCCUGAGAAUGUGCAGCCCAGGUACCUGGAAGAUGAAGGCCUUUACAUCGGGGCAAGACUGGAGGUGCCGCGAACCAACCAGAACAUCAUGGAGAACAGGCUCCUGACCCAGGAACCGGGGAGGAGAUGGUUUGGAGAUGACGGGAGGAUCCUGGCACUGCCAAAUCCCAUCAAGCCGGUUCCUUCGCGACCACCCAUGUUUACAGAGGCGCAGGACAUUAAGCCAGAACUGGAAACACUGUAUAAAAAGGCAGUAAAAUACAUCCACAGAAGUCAGCAUCUGAUUGGAUCUGGGGACUCUCCUGGGAAUUUCCAGCUGGACAUUGAUAUUUCGGGGUUAAUCUUCACGCAUCACCCCUGUUUUAGCCGAGAGCAUGUGUUGGCAGCCAAGCUGGCCCAGUUGUAUGACCAGUACCUCGCAAGACACCAGAGGAACAAGGCAAAAUUUCUCACUGAUAAGCUCCACGCCCUAAGAAAUGCUGUUCAGACAGGCCUUAAUCCAGCGAAAACGCCUAAGACUCUUGAAACAACCCCCAAAACCAUCAAUGAAUAUAAAUCUGAGAUUCGGCAAACAAGAAAACUGCGUGAUGCUGAACAAGAAAAAGACCGAACGUUGCUUAAGACCAUCAUAAAGGUCUGGAAAGAGAUGAAGUCCCUCCGAGAGUUCCAGAGGUUUACAAAUACUCCCUUGAAACUUGUUCUGAGAAAGGAAAAAGUUGACCAGAAAGCUGACGAAGAAGCAUAUGAAGCAGAAAUUCAGGCUGAGAUCAAUGAAUUGCUGGAAGAGCACACUGAAGAGUACGAACAGAAGAUGGAGGAGUACAGAGUCAUGCUGCAGCGGUGGAAAGCCUGGAAGAAAGCCCAGAGGGCCAAAAAGAAGAAAAAGAAACAGGAAGUGGAAGAACAUCCCACCGAUGAGGAGAGGGAGGAGCCAGGUCCCGGGGAGGAGCCUGAGAAGCCCGCCCCUCCAGAGCCCGUGGACAGGGCGGUGAUAGAGCAGCAGGUGAGGGAAAGAGCCGCCCAGAGCCGAAGGAGGCCAGGGGAGCCCACGCUGGUCCCGGAGUUGAGCCUGGCGGGGAGCGUGACGCCCAACGACCAGUGUCCCAGGGUGGAGGUCAUGCGAAGGGAGGACGUCAAGAGACGCUCGCUGUUCCUAAAGGUGAUCUUCAACAACAAGGAGGUGUCCAGGACAGAGAGCCGGCCACUCGGGGCGGACUUCCGAGUUCACUUUGGACAGAUUUUCAAUUUGCAAAUAUUCAACUGGCCGGAGAGUUUAACGUUGCAGGUCUAUGAGACGGUUGGACACAGUGGUGCCACCUUGCUGGCGGAAGUGUUUCUGCCUAUUCCUGAAACCACUGUUGUCAGUGGAAGGGCUCCCAUUGAAGAAGUGGAGUUUAGCAGUAACCAGCACGUGACCCUGGACCACGAGGGAGUCGGAAGCGGAGUGCCCUUCUCAUUCGAAGCUGACGGUGGUAAUCAACUGAUUCUAAUGACCUCGGGGAAAGUGUCCAACAGCGUGGCGUGGGCCAUUGGAGAAAAUGGGAUUCCUUUAAUUCCUCCGUUGUCACAGCAGAAUAUUGGAUUCAGAAGCGCUUUGAAGAGAGCAGAUGCCAUCUCUUCCAUCGGCACAUCAGGACUGACAGACAUGAAGAAGUUGGCCAAGUGGGCAGCAGAGUCCAAGCUUGACCCCAACGACCCCAGCAACGGCCCCCUGAUGCAGCUGAUCUCGGUUGCUACCAGUGGUGAAUCUUACAUCCCUGAUUUCUUCCGACUCGAACAGCUACAACAGGAAUUUAACUUUGUUUCGGAUGAGGAAUUAAAUAGAUCCAAACGAUUCAGCCUUCUUCUUCUUAGAAGCCAAGAGGUGCCAGAGUUCCGACAUUAUAAGCAAAUUCCACUGUAUGACCGAGAAAUUAUGGAAAAAGUAUUUCAGGACUAUGAGAAACGGUUACGAGACAGAAAUGUAAUCGAAACCAAGGACCACAUAGAUUCCCACAGGGCCACAGUAGCAAAGUACCUCCAGCAGGUUAGAGAAUCAGUGAUAAAUCGUUUCCUCAUUGCGAAACACCAUUUUCUUCUUUCGGAUUUGGUAGUAGAAGAAGAAGUUCCCAAUAUCAGCAUUUUGGGCCUGAGCCUUUUCAAGCUGGCAGAACAAAAGCGACCACUGAGGCCAAGGAGAAAAGGCCGGAAGAAGGUGACAGCCCAAAACCUGUCCGACGGAGACAUAAAGCUGCUGGUGAACAUCAUCCGGGCUUACGACAUUCCGGUGAGGAAGCCGGCGGCAAGUAAAUUCCACCAGACAUCAAGAUCUUCAAGGACCUUUACUGAAAAGCACGCUGCUUCCCCGACAACACACAGCCCAGCCCACAGUGCCGACUACCCCCUCGGCCAGGCUUUAGUACGUCCUUUUGUAGAAGUUUCAUUUCAGCGAACAAUCUGCCAUACAACCACAGCAGAAGGACCAAAUCCCAGCUGGAACGAAGAACUUGAACUUCCAUUUAGGGCCCCCAACGGGGAUUACAGCACCACCAGCCUGCAGUCAGUGAAAGAUGACGUGUUCAUCAACAUCUUUGAUGAAGUGCUGUAUGACGUCUUAGAGGACGACCGUGAAAGAGGAAGUGGAAUCCACACUCGUAUUGAGAGACACUGGCUGGGGUGUGUGAAAAUUCCGUUCAGCACGAUAUAUUUCCAAGCAAGGAUCGAUGGAACGUUUAAGAUCGAUAUUCCCCCAGUGCUCCUGGGCUACAGUAAGGAGCGAAGCAUGAUGAUGGACCGGGGUUUUGACUCCGUCCGAAGCCUGAGUGAAGGCUCUUACAUCACUCUGUUCAUUACCUUGGAGCCUCAGCUGGUUCCUGGGGAGUCGGUUCGAGAAAAGUUUGAUUCUCAGGAAGAUGAGAAAUUGCUUCAAGCAACAGAGAAGUUUCGAGCUGAGUGUGCCUUGAAGUUUCCCAACCGGCAGUGCCUUACCACAGUGGUUGACGUUAGCGGGAAGACCGUCUUUGUCACUCGUUAUCUCAAGCCUUUAAAUCCUCCUCAGGAGCUCCUUAAUGCUUACCCCAACAACCCCCAGGCAACAGCAGAACUGGUGGCCCGAUACGUGUCUCUGAUUCCUUUCUUGCCCGACACCGUCUCCUUCGCUGGUGUCUGUGACCUGUGGAGCACUUCAGACCAAUUUCUCGAUCUCCUGGCAGGAGACGAAGAAGAACAUGCAGUUUUACUAUGCAAUUACUUCCUCUCCAUGGGAAAGAAGGCCUGGCUGGUGACGGGCAACGCUAUUCCCGAGGGUCCAACCGCCUAUGUGGUAACUCAGGAACAAAGUCACUAUUUAAUAUGGAACCCCUGCAGUGGACAUUUUUAUGGACAAUUUGAUACUUUCUGCCCCUUAAAAAGUGUGAGCUGUUUAAUAGGUCCUGAUAAUAUUUGGUUUAAUAUUCAACAGUAUGAUUCCCCACUACGGAUAAAUUUUGAUGUCACCAAGCCCAAGCUAUGGAAAUCUUUCUUUUCAAGAAGUCUUCCAUAUCCUGGCCUUUCCAGUGUUCAGCCGGAAGAGCUUAUUUACCAGCGCACAGACCAGGUGGCUGCAGCUGAACUGCAAGACAGGAUUGAAAAAAUACUAAAAGAAAAAAUCAUGGACUGGCGGCCACGCCACCUGACUCGGUGGAACAGAUACUGCACCUCCAUGCUGCGUCACUUCUUGCCUCUCUUAGAAAGGAACCAAGAAGACGUGGAGGACGACCACAGAGCAGAACUGCUCAAACAGCUGGGAGACUGCAGGUUCUCUGGAUUCCCCCUUCACAUGCCAUACUCCGAGGUGAAGCCUUUGAUUGAAGCUGUGUACAGCACUGGAGUACAUAAUAUUGACGCUCCUAAUGUUGAAUUUGCUUUAGCUGUGUAUGUCCACCCAUACCCCAAAAAUGUUUUGUCUGUCUGGAUCUAUGUUGCCUCCCUUAUACGAAACAGAUAA